AUGAAGAGGCAAAGAGGUGUGAAUGUUAAUGGGGUUAAACCCACGAACCCUACCAAAGUUGAAGAUGUUGCAGCAAUGGGGAAGAAGAAAGCAAAGAAAGAGGCGGAGCAGAAGGGGGGCAAGAGCGUGAUGGAGGAGGAGGAGAGGAACGAAAGCAGAGAAUUAGUGGGUGGGCUGUUGCAGGGAGCAAUUGAUAGUGUAAUGAGUUGGUGUUGGGAUGAGUAUAUGCCACCAUGGUUAGGAGGUGUUGUGGAUGAGCAAAUGUCAUGGGGCUCCACUUGGUACCCAGGGUGGGACAUGGACUUCAUGGGUGAAGCUUUCAGUUCAUUGUAUAGUGAUGUUGUUUGGGACGAUGAUAUCUGGAAUUUGAAAAAGGAAAUUCCAAUUCCUUUAGAUAGAAAGAGGUUUGAUUGGUGA